CUGAAACGGCAAUGCAAGGAAGCAUGCCUUGAUAACUGUCACUAGGAGCGCUGUGGCAACCGAACGUCAUAAUCCGAUUAGCAGCACUAGUUUAGCUACCCCAGAUUUCCAACGACCUACUGCACUCGCAACUUACUGAACGGUUGUUUUUCGAUAAAAUUUAACUUUUAAGAAAAAAAUCGAGGUCCAGGAGAGAAGCAGCGACCCAAAGGAGGGAAACCGUUCAGGUUUUCAACAACAUUAUUGUUAAUUUUAUGAUGGCAUCAGGAAGGAUGCUGACGUUUCGUUGGAUGCUUUGGAACACAGGCGCGCACGCAGCGGCUGCCGGACAGUGCGUCUCGCCACAUCUGCCCGUGCGCUACAGCACCUCAUCAAACCAACAGGUGAAUCCAAGGAAAACACAAUUUGGUCCUUUAAGUGAUCAAGACCGUAUUUUUACAAACUUGUAUGGGCGUCACGAUUGGAGUCUGAAGGGUGCUCUGAGUCGGGGUGACUGGUAUAAGACUAAGGAGAUCCUACUGAAGGGGACAGACUGGAUCCUGAACGAGGUCAAGGUGUCUGGGCUGAGAGGGAGAGGAGGAGCUGGCUUCCCCACAGGUAUGAAGUGGGGCUUCAUGAACAAACCAAGCGAUGGCAGGCCUAAAUACCUAGUGGUGAAUGCAGACGAAGGAGAGCCCGGGACGUGUAAAGACCGAGAGAUCAUGCGUCAUGACCCCCACAAGCUGGUGGAGGGCUGCCUGGUGGCUGGUGGGGCCAUGGGAGCCCGGGCCGCCUACAUCUACAUCAGGGGGGAGUUUUACAACGAGUCCUCCAACCUACAGGUGGCCAUAAAUGAGGCGUAUGCAGCCGGUCUGAUUGGCAGGAAUGCAUGCGGUUCUGGGAAGGCCUUCGAUGUGUUUGUGAUGCGGGGGGCGGGGGCCUACAUCUGUGGGGAGGAGACGGCCCUUAUCGAGUCCCUGGAGGGCAAGCAGGGGAAACCCCGCCUCAAACCACCAUUCCCCGCAGACAUAGGGGUGUUUGGGUGCCCAACAACCGUUGCAAAUGUAGAGACAGUUGCUGUGGCACCUACUAUCUGUCGUCGAGGUGGAGCUUGGUUUGCCAGCUUCGGGAGAGAGAGGAAUGCUGGGACAAAGCUGUUCAACAUCUCUGGUCACGUGAAUACGCCAUGCACAGUGGAAGAAGAGAUGUCCAUUCCUCUGAGGGAACUAAUAGAGAGACACGCAGGAGGCGUGAGGGGUGGCUGGGAUAACCUGUUGGGAGUGAUCCCAGGAGGCUCUUCCACGCCCAUCAUCCCUCGCUCGGUGUGUGAUGACGUCAUGAUGGAUUUUGAUGACCUCGUCCGCGCCGAGACCGCGCUAGGCACGGCCGCCGUCAUCGUCAUGGACAAAUCAACUGACGUGAUCCGAGCCAUAGCCCGUCUGGUCCAGUUCUAUAAGCACGAGAGCUGUGGCCAGUGCACCCCAUGCAGGGAAGGAGUGGACUGGAUGGAUAAGAUGAUGUGGCGGUUUGUGCGUGGCGAUGCAGCCAAAUCGGAGAUUGAUAUGAUCUGGGAGCUGAGUAAACAGAUCGAGGGUCACACCAUCUGUGCCCUGGGUGAUGGGGCAGCAUGGCCUGUACAGGGUCUAGUGCGUCACUUUCGCCCGGUCAUGGAGAGCCGCAUCUCAGAGUACAACAAGAAGAACCCUGCCAGGGAGGCUGGCAUUGAGAUGAUCUAAGCUCAGAAAGGUAUCUGAGUCUGGCCUCCGUGCUUCUGACAUGUUGAUCUUAUCACUCUUAGGUCAUUUCCAUUUCUCAAAGAUAGGUGCACACAGCUCUUUAGUGUUAUAGGCUAUGUAAACUAAUGAACAUAGUAUCUUAUCAACACCAACCUACUUUGUUCUUGUGAUUAAUUUAUUUGCUUAUAUUUUAUUCAUGUAUUUAUUUUAAUUUGAUUAGUCAUUAACUGAUGUCCUUCUAAUGAUCUCGGAAUGAACAGGGCAAUGACCCACACAAAUAAAGUUAUACGAAACUG